CUCGCUUCUGCCCCUCUGCGGCUCUGCUGCCUGCGGCCUGCCCCUUUUUUUAUUCCCAAAAAAACUCCCAUCUCGCGGCGGAAAGAGAGAGAGGAGAGGUGCGAGCUGGUAAGAUGGAUCGGUUGGAGGAGCGGAACAUUAAGAAGGGGGAGAGGGAGAUGGAGGAGGCGCGCAAGGAAGAGGAGCGGAAGGAGGAGGCGGGGGACAGGAAUACCCAGGAGCCGCAGCAAGGUCAAGGCCUCAGCCUCUCACUCGCCAACGGCAGCGACAGCGGCAGGUCUGGAAUGUUGCCGAUGUCGAACCCUUCAGCUAAUCCCACACAGCUUACAAUUUUCUAUGGUGGAUCAGUAUGUGUGUAUGACUCGGUGCCACCAGAAAAGGCUCAGGCAAUCAUGCUUAUAGCUGCGGCUGCAGCAGCUGCGGCAGCCACCAAAGGCAGUGCUGCCACUGCUUUUAAUCCUCCAAUGGUACAUACAGACACUGUCGCCCCAGCAGCAGUCUUCUCUCCUGUGCUUACACGGUCUCCAUCACUGCAGAGCACUUCUGUAGCAGCUGGACAAGCUCAGGUUGUUGCUGACCCUAGCUCAAUAAGCAAGCUUCAGGCUGAUCUCCCCAUUGCCAGGAGGCACUCUCUCCAGCGCUUCCUUGAGAAACGUCGUGACAGGGUCGUGAGCAAAGCUCCGUACAGCCCCGCCAAGUCGUUCGAUGGCAUGGAGUCAGCGGGAAUGGAGAUGACUGCGGACGGCAAGCAGGGCGCAAGGCCCAGUAUCUUGAAAGGUUGGGGAGCCGCGAAGUCUGAAGUCUGAACGGUGAAAGGCUGGCUGACGCUGUGGGGAGGAAGGGACAGGGACGUGCUGUUGGUUUUAUUAUAUUGGUAUUUAUGUUAUUAUAUACUGUAUGUGGUAGCAGCAGCGUGGAACCGCACUAAUAAUGGGGACCUUAACACCUCUAUUUUACUGUCGUUGCUUUGUUGUCGCGUGCUAGGUUGUAUUCUGAAGUGGAUUCCUCAAUACCGCAUACCGUACUGCU